AUGUUAGUUGAUGAUAUUUCUGAAAUAUUACCUAAUAAUCAUCAGUUCAGGUUAUUAUUCAUAAAAGCUGAACCCAAGCAAUGUAAUCCUAUCAUAAAGCAUCAUUCCCAACAUUCAAAUUUUGAAAAGUCUAUUGAAUCCAUCAAAUUGAAAUACUUUUUCUUGUUGAUAGAUGUUAAGUAUGAAGUUAUAGUUUUUGGUUUAGAAGUAUAUAAAUACUUUGAAAUAAGUUCAGAAAGGUCACUUCAGUACCUUUUUGUUUCCAAAAUCGAUACUACGGGAUUGUUGGAUACAAAAUUGAAUGUAGGAAACUUAGUAACUAAAAUUUUGGAAUUCUUGAUUGAUUCGAGUCUUCAUGAAACUACCAUUAAAUACAGAUUGAAGAUAAAGACCUCAUCCACCAUGAAGAAAAUCAAUAAAUUGAUCGAUAGACCGAUGUCUAAUUACAAAACUAUAGCAUUGCCUCCAUUGACCAAGUUUAAAUUAUCAUUGUUCACCAAAUCAUCAAAUCAAUAUUUCUUCCCAGAAAGUAGUAAGAAUAAGCAUAAACACUUGAUUGAUGGAGACCAAUUGUUGAAAUGGUGGAUUAAAACUAUUGAUCCCAUUGAGUUCACAGCCAAGAAGUUAUUAAUUCCAGGAUCAUUAUCAGGAUCCCAGUAUUUACUACCUGGAUGGACCAGAGGUUCAAUCUUUGGUAAAGAUGAGAAAUGUGUUUAUAAUAUCCCUAAUUUUCCUGAUGAUCCCAAAACAAGAUUUCUCGAAUUUUUGAUAAUCGAAAAUAGAUAUAAAUCCAAUUUAUCCCAGUUUUACGAAGAAUUAGGAUUCAGACAAGAGUUCAGGUUAGGAAAUGUAGUAGGUAUAAUUGGAUGUGAACUGGAUUGGAAACCUGUCAAUGAUAAGGUGGGUGAUGAUUUCCAACCAAUCGUACUUACCAACAAACAAUAUAAGAAAUUAAUGAAGCUCAUCAAAUACGAAGAUUUUUCCAUCAUGGACGAUAUCAAAUUAUUGACCAAUUUAAAAUUACCCUUCUUCUUGAAACUAUAUAACAAAGAAAUCAACAAUACAGUCAUUAACGGUAAAUUUAUUUAUAAGGCUAAAACAGCCCCUACUGAAAUUAAAGUUAACAAUCUUACAGGAUUAGUUAAACGAAGAAAGAAGUAA